AGUUGAGAGCAGAGAGCAGAGAGUUUAGCAGUAUUCUCUUAUCUUACACAUCAGGGUAAGAGGAUACAAAACUAUGGAGGUUAUCAGACACACAGUCAGAUUUGUUUUAUAGAGGGAUUGUACUCGCAGAGGCUGCAGCUUUGGAAUUAUAUUUUUCUAAGGUUUUAUCUUUUUUUUUUUUUUUUACUGCGCAUCAUCCACUGUUGAAAAAAAUGCCUUGUUACGGCGUUUGGAUUAACGCAAUUUGGAUUUUAUUUUUCGCCAUUUUUAACGCGGCUUCUUCGAGCUAUUCUGAAGACCAGUGCAGCUGGAGAGGAAGUGGUUUGUCCCAGCAGCAGGGCAGCGUGGAGCAGAUCUCCCUCCACUGCUCUGAGGGCACACUGGACUGGCUUUAUCCCAAAGGGGCCCUGCGCCUCACCCUCUCACCCCGCCUGCCCUCUGUGGCGGUGGGGCCCGGCGGCAGCAGCUCGGGCCUCAUCACGGCCUGCGUCAAGCCUUCCGAGCAGUUCCACGGAGCCCAGCUGUACCUGGAGCGAGAUGGGGUCCUGGAGCUCCUGGUAGGGGACCGCCUGGAGACCUCUCCCCCACCGAGGGUUCGCUGCUUCAGCCGCCUGCCUGGGGAGAGGGUGGCUCUCUACCUGCAGGCUACACCUCAUCAGGACAUCAGCAGGAGGAUCGCCACCUUCCGAUAUGAGCUGAGAGGGGACUGGACCGCUCGCCUGUCACUGGACUCCAACCCCAUCAGCAGUGAAGAGGCCUGCAGACCCUGCAACAACACUGAGAUUCUGAUGGCGGUUUGCACCAGUGACUUUGUUGUGCGAGGUAACAUCAGAUCCGUGGUGGAAGACGAUACCCUAAGAGCAGCGGUGAUCAAGGUCAGCGCCACCCGGGUGUUUCGUCAGAAGUACGCCCUGUUUACGGGCAACAGUCGCCUGAUCAGACGGGGUGAGGUCAGGACUCUGCUGCAGUGUGGCGUUAAACCGGGGCCCGGCAGCUUUCUCUUCACAGGCCGGGUCCACUUUGGGGAGGCCUGGUUGGGCUGCGCUCCCCGCUACAAGGACUUCAAGCAGGCUUACACUAUGGCCAAAGCAGCCCAGCAGAUACCCUGUGAACUGCCUGUUGACUGAGUUAAAAUCUCCACAGCAGCUUGUAUACUAGCGCUCAGAGUAGAGGCCGCACUGAAAGCCAGGCCAAACUCAGCCCUGUUCCAUGUUUUUGGAAGAAGCCAUGGUGUCCAACUGUUGGCCGAUGCAGCCAUGGGGCCACAAAACGACUUCCCAAAGGUCUGAGGAGUGAAAUGGACUUUUCCCCAACACCAUUUCAGUGCAAUAUGCAGUCAUCGGGUCAGAAAAAACCUGGUGGACUUGUGACAAGAGGGACGUGGUUCAAAUGAAGAUCAUCAGCUUUUGGCAUUGGACAGUUUUUACACGCAGUGAUGCCAUUACGCAGGUUCAGAUAAAAUCUAUUGAAAGCUUUCCAUUCGGGAUAAAUUAAGUCAAGCCAUUAAUUCAGGCCUAGUGAGAGUCAUUGCUUUGAAACUCAGGAAAAUUUAUUAAAAGUUCUAUAGAAAGCUUACUGCCUUGGUACCCUAGUGAGGAUACAUUAAGGCACCUCUUUGUUCAGUGAAUGUCAGGUCAUGGGAAAGUUAUAUUCUGCUUGCUACCCCUUCACUGGGGUCAUCCUCAGUGUUACUAUUAUUAAAGAGAUUAUAAAAAAAAGUCCUCACAAAACAAAAUGUUAAAAAAUAUAUAUGUUUGCACUGAUAACGGAAAGGGAAAGAUCUGGAAAGUGUGAUGCUGCGAGCACUGGAAACCAAAUAAAAAGCAACUAUAUGUAGCAUAGCGGAGCAAUGAGAAUUUAAUAUAUGUACAGAUAAUGUGAGCAAAUACAGUAGUGACACAAAGCUAAGGCUACCUGAGCAGGUUUCACAGCUCAAACUAGUGCUGAGAGCACUUUUAUAUGCUAGCCAAUUCUGAGAUUUUGCUUCCAUUAAGAGAUGCAGGUGUCCAGGAGGCCUGUCUUACAGUACAUUUUAUUAGCCAUGCAAUAUUUCUGCAAACCUGAAAACAAAUUUGACUGCAUUUGAUUAUGAAAUGAAUUGUCUAAAAAUAUGUUGGAGUGGAAUUGCAGCAGUGUUGCCAAAGCGGUUUUAAGUUUUAUUGCUUCCAAGUUAUUCUCUGCUGAUGUUGUCACAUAUUAUCACACAAGAUAUUCAACUGUAUAUAAUCACUAAUUUCUGUCGACAACAGUCAAUUAUAACAUCAUAAAUCCAGUGUUGUUAUAAGAUAUAAAAAGGGUGAUAUGGAUAGAGAAAUCAUCUGACCAGUUUUUGGUGGAUUACACUGGACAACGGCUAGCUCAAGAGAAAGACAUAAAUAUGCAUUCAGUGUUAAAAAAUCUGCUCUGUAAAAUGAUUCAUAACUUAUGUGCACUAUAUCAACAAGGGGAGGUGUUCAUACCAAAUUACCGUUAUAUGCUCAAGUGGUAUGUCUUAAAUGUGUACACUGCCAUUUUUGUUUAUUUGUUUAUUUUUUAUGUGAAGUUAUGUUAAUAACAAUGUAAUUGUAAAUAUGUUUAUAAGAAAUUCUAGAAACCACAGCA